AUGCGCAUCCCGAUGGAAUGUCUGCGAGAGGCAGGGGUGGGCUUGGCAAAGCCAGCCCCACACGCCCCGCCUGCUGCCGUUGCGCAUGCGCGACCAAGCAGGCUUCCGGUACUUUCGGCGGCUCCUGGGGGUCGGCGUUUUCAGAAGGCGGAGGCGACGGUUGAGUGCGGAAGGUGUACCUUUUGAGCUGUUUCUCGGUUGGAGAGAGGAGACGAGCGGAGGCCCCUGUUCUCACACACUUCUUUAGGUGUCAGUUUCGAGAGGGCCAUGACGAGUUACGUGAAUGACAUGUGGCCGGGCUCUCCCCAGGGGAAGGACUCCCCCUCGGGCUCUGGGACAGGCCACUCCAGCAGGCACUCCUCAAGGUCACGCAGCACAUCAUCCUCUGCAAGUUCUCGAUCUUCCUCGAGCCAGUCCUCCCGCUCAUCGUCCCACAGUCGCAGCAGGUCUCGGCGGAGCAGGUCUCGCUCCCAGUCCCGCCGGCACCACCAACGGAAGUACCGCCGCUACUCCCGCUCAUAUUCCCGGAGCCGCUCGAGGUCCCGCAGCCACAGGCACCGGGAGAGGCCCCCACCUCGGGCCUACCAGAGGUAUUACCGUUCGCCUUCCCGGGGCAGGUCCCCCAGCAGGUCCAGGUCCCACAGACGGUCGUACUAUAGGAGGGCUGACUUGGGGUCCCGGGGACGAAGGUACUAUGGCUUCGGACGGACAGUCUAUCCAGAGGUACACAAGAGUUGGAGAUACAGGUCUCGGUCCAGAUCCCGAAGCCGGUCACCUCUGCGUUUAAGUGAGAAAGAUAGGAUGGAACUUUUGGAAAUAGCAAAGGCUAAUGCAGCCAAAGCUUUAGGAACAGCCAAUAUUGACUUGCCAGCUAGUCUCAAAACUGGUCCACAAUCUAAAGACACAAACUAUGGAAAACAAAUACAGGGUGAUGCUACAAAACUUGUUGUGCAGUCAGGAAGAUUAAAUGAAGAUAUAAUUAAAACCUCGAAUGAAAGUUCUACCCAGCAGAGAAGCCUGCCUUUCAGCUCUGGUAACUCUGUAGCAAAUACAGUACUUCAGAAAACAGCUAAAGAGACUGCAGGAUCCCCUAAAGAAGAUGAAAAAAGCCAGAGUUCAUAUGCACAGUGGAUUCCGGUCAAAAAAGAGGAAAAUCGUUUACUUUUAAGUUCUCCCAAAACAGCACUGUCUUUCAAAUUCUAGUAUCAUCCCUUCCUCAUGAGCCAUGAGUAGCGGAAGCUGUUAUUUAACUAUAAAAGACAAUUUGAAAUCCUGGCAUGAAAAGAUUAAGUCCUUUAAUGUAUCAUAUCUUAGGUUUCUUUUCCAGAUAAGUGAAAUGAGCACAAAUGGACCAGAAAUCACAGGUGGGAUUUUUAUUCAUGUAUGUAUAUACUUGUGUGGCAUUGCAGUGGGUUAAAUAUAGCCAGUGCUAAACUUUUAAUAAUUAUCUGAACAGCUGCAUGUUGGACGUUGUAUAUAUUUUAUUUGUUAAUAAAGUCUAAUUUCCGUUUUUUUUUCA